CUGAGGUAACGUCACCCCCGUGCCAGUGUCUGUGUAGUGUUAGUGACUGUGUUAGUGUCAGGGUCAGUGGCAGCAAGGACAACAUGCUGUAGAACCUUGCAGAAUGGAGCUGGCUCUGGCAUACGAGGACGGAGGCGGAACCGGAGUGAACCGUUCUCUGGUGGUGGAGGGAGGCGACCUGCCCACAGACACUCUCACCACUCUAUCGCUCAUAUUUGUGGGGGUCUUCCUUUCCAUCCUAAUCUUCAUCUCGAUAUUUGGCAACAUCCUGGUGUGUGUGGCGAUCUAUACGGACAGAGGCCUUCGGAGGAUCGGGAAUCUCUUCCUGGCAUCCCUCGCCAUAGCCGAUCUCUUCGUAGCUGCUCUUGUCAUGACCUUCGCGGUCGUCAACGAUCUCCUGGGAUACUGGAUUUUUGGAGCCCAGUUUUGUGACACCUGGAUCGCCUUCGAUGUUAUGUGCUCGACCGCCUCCAUCCUCAACUUGUGUGCCAUCAGUCUUGACCGAUACAUCCACAUCAAGGACCCUCUCAGGUAUAGCCGGUGGGUGACACGGAGAGUAGCGGUAGCGUCCAUCGCCUGUGUCUGGCUGUUGGCGGGUCUCAUCUCUUUCGUACCCAUCUCACUGGGGCUCCACAGGCCGCCACAACCGCUGGUCUUCACCUCUGGUGACACCGAGUACCCGACCUGCGCGCUAGAUCUCACUCCCACGUACGCUGUGGUCAGCUCCUGCGUCAGCUUCUACUUCCCCUGUGUCGUCAUGCUGGGCAUCUACUGUCGACUGUACUGCUACGCCCAGAAACACGUCAAGAACAUCCGCGCGGUCACCCGGCCCUUGACCGCAUCCCAGGGCCUCGCACCCGUCACACACCACGCCUCCUCGCCCUACCAUGUCAGCGACCACAAGGCGGCUAUUACUGUAGGGAUCAUCAUGGGAACUUUCCUCCUCUGCUGGGUUCCCUUUUUCUGCGUCAACAUCAUCGCCGCUUUCUGCAAGACCUGCAUUCCUGGCAUGGCCUUCAAGGUGCUGACUUGGCUGGGGUACUCAAACUCCGCCUUCAACCCGAUUAUAUACUCAAUCUUCAACACUGAGUUCCGGGACGCCUUCCGGCGCAUCCUGACAGCUCACUCGCCGCCCUGCUGCUGCCGUCGCUAUGGCAACGUCGCUGUGUCGCUCGGCACUAAGAGUCACGACACCAAGGCAAAACAGAACGGUAGGAAGGAGUUCAACAGUUCGAGCCCUCGCAGCAGUAUUGGCUCGCUGCGACAGACGAGGGUAAACUCCACAGAUAAAGUGAUUCUGGAGGAGGAGACUUGCGCAAUCUGACCUGGCCCCGCAGUGGAACUAAGGCUGCCGCCGCCUAUGUUCACUAAGGAGGAGCUGGUCUAAGCAAUAUUACCGUAUCGGGGUUUGUCUCACCUCACAACUAGUUCUGGCUCUGUUAUUAAAUUUAGAAUGAACUAUUCGGCAAUCAUUCAAAGCCAUGCAAUGAAAAAAUGAUAAGGAAACAUACAGUUCCCAACAUCGUACUAACAUUUUUCGUUAUUAACUUACUUUGUUUUUUCACUAUCAAAACUGGGGAGUUCUCACUAAGUAUCAUCUCAAAGAUAGGCGGAUGUAUUUCAGUGGAUAUUAUGUCAACUAUUCCUACCAUAAAAUAGUAUUGUUUACAACACAAUUAAGUACAAGAAUAUACCCAUUUAGAGACUUUGAUGAUUUCAAAACUGAUAAUAUCAUUUUAAAAUACAUAGACGGCACAUUCCGUCCAUAUUUAUUUGUGUUGGUCAAAAUUAUCUCAACAAAUAACAGAAAAAUAAUGAUGAUUUGUAAACGUAACGGCUGAUGCACUCUAUUCGCUGAUUAAAUUUAAAAUAUUGAGGCUUUGUGUAAUUCUUGUGUAGUAUUUUAAACUACAAACUAUUUUACAACUAACAAAGUUAGUUAAAGGUUUUAUGAAUUUAUAUUACAUUUCUUAACGUAUUUUUUCACACAAAUAAAUUUAGUCACACAACUUAGCAUCCCAAUUGCAGCCAUCAAUGGUUUUCACAACGUGACAGUUAAGGGAAUUUUAUGUGUACAAAUCCUUGCUGGAAUGUACUAUAAAAGCGAUAUUUAAUUAGAUUUUGACUUAAGAUUGUUGCUGUAGUGCCUAUAUUUUUUUGGUAUCUGAUAACUUACACUCUCAAUAUGUAUUCGAUCUAUACAGGUCGUCUUAUUACACGGUACACUUUACCUGAUCAGGUACACCACCUCUUGUAUUUGUACCUCUUGUAUUUGUAUGAGUACAAAGUAAAUGGUCAGUCAGUUUGGAAUGGUGUAUUAUUAACGCAAUGUUUCCUAAACUACUAAACAAAGAAUUAGGUUUAAUGCUGUUUCAUUGAAAGAUAUCCUACCUCCCUCUUUAUUAUCGUAUAUGUUACAUAGUAACUCUAUGCUUCAAUUUGAACCUUGUACAAGUAUUAAGUGCUCAUCAAUGCGAAACAAUAACCACUACUGUUGAUUUUCCCAUGAAAAUUUAAAUUAGGAUUUCCUUACAAAAAUCAACGAGAACAUGCUAUAGUUGAUUAUUUAAAUUAAACAUUAAUUAACUGAUAAUUCACGUCGGGCUGUGUCUUAUAGUUUGUUGAAGCAUAACGGCUAUAAAAUUGUUUUAUUGCAUCAACCCCCCUUUUCAUUAAGUCGAAAUGGCUCCUCGUUUUAUUAUUAUCAUGAAUCAUCUUCCUAAAAAGAGUAAAUAAGAUAGAGAUAUUGUUAUCAAAUGUCGUUUAGCUUUUGUAAUUGCUUAUUUUAAACUAAUUCAUCGGAAGUAAAGGUGGUUAUACAAUAUAUAGAAAAUAAAAGUACACUUAUUCCAUUAUUUACGUUGUUUUCAGCCGACCAGUUAGGGGGCUCAAACAAACCUCGAAUAAAGCCAGAAUUGAAGUCGCCGUAUAUGAACUAUACAUACGUUUUUGUUGUGUAAAUAGUUACAUUGCUUGCACCAACUUUCAAGCAAUGCACAGUAAUUGUUAAGCUUGAAAAUGUGUUUUAAGUUUAAUAAUAUUUAGUUUUGCAAGCAAAUUAUUUUGUACAUUAAUACUUGUUGUGUUAUCGAAGGAGAGAAAAGUUGUGAGAAAGUAUGAUGCAAUGUAGAAACGUGUUUCUGUGAUAUAGUUUAUUUUAGGAAUACUGUCUGUGUACGUUAAGUGUAUAUAGUUAGUCAUAAUGGAAAAUGAACGUGUUUGCGGUGAUUUAAAUAACAGUUUAUAUACAAUUGAAAUCAUUUUAAAAUAUAUUAAUACAUACAGGAGUUAAAUAUGUGUUUUAUUAUUGCAAUGUCAAUUUAUUUUCAAAACGUUGGAGAAAACCUAAUGAUAAUUUUGAAUUAAAUAUUAUAUAAAGCAAAACUUUACGUGACAAAUUUAGACAGACACCUGCAAAAUGUUUUAUAUGUAAUAUGGCCUGAGAUAGAAACAAAAUAUGAGCUAUAAAAAAACUUUAAACACAGCUCUAAAACCACCACCCUCAUGAAUUAUCUAAUGGGCAUCAUUUAGUGGUCAUCUAUCCACAGAACUUUGUUGAUAUACUUCGGUCCUCAAGCCACAUAGGAUAAAGUGGUGUUAUUAUCAACAACCAAACUUUGUUUUCUACGUAUUACACUAAUGCUUAUUUAAUUCUAAUCAAAUACAAAUCUGUUCUUUCAAAAGAAUCAGCUAAUCGUAACUAAAAUAUUGCUUUAUUCUAAACAAACCAAAGUUGUUACUCUUAAAUAACAGUAAGCUCCAAUAAAAACUGUUAUAAUCACUGAAGCUUAACUGCAAUUAAAAUCGGGUUUUCAAUAUUUUAAAAUCUAUAUAUAGUCAUAUGUUUCAGAAACAACAAAUACGUUUUCAAAAUUAGUAAAGACAUUAUAACUUAACUUUAAUUUAACAUUAAUAUACUUUUGUAGUUGUGAGUAAGUAUGUCGUUUAUAACAGAAUAAUGCGUAAAGAUUAUUAGAGAAACUCUCUU